AUAUAUAAACAAUCGAACACUCCUCAUUUGCUUCGCUAUCUUGUAAAGUUCAGUUCAAUUGGGUUCAGUUCCAAACUUUGAAUUCAAACCAACCCAAUUCUUAACUCGGCAUUAAGGUAUGGCCAUUAUCUCCGAUUUCCAUGAAGAACAACCCGAACAAUCCCAAUCCUCUUCGUCUUCGUCUUCGUUCACUUCCAGUUUCGACCCAUCCAAUCCCGUAGCUUUUCUUGAGCGAGUCUUCGAAUUCAUCUCCCGAGAGAGUGACUUUCUGUCGUCGGAGACCGCCGAGAAGGAUAUAGCGUCGCUGGUGCGCGCAGCCGGGAAGAAGAAGAGAGACGAGCUUAAGGCCACUGAGGAGAGGGAAAAGGCCCAGAAGAGGUUGAAGGAAGAGAAGGAACUCAAGGUGGAGGAGGCUAACAGAGAGGAAAGUGGCUCCAUAGUUCCAAACAAAGGUAAUGGUCUGGAUUUGGAUAAAUAUUCUUGGACUCAGACUCUUCAGGAGGUCAACGUAAAUGUUCCAGUUCCAAAUGGAACCAAAUCAAGGUUUGUCAUCUGUGAAAUAAAGAAGAACCAUCUAAAAGUUGGACUAAAGGGGCAACCGCCAAUUAUUGAGGGGGAGUUGCACCGACCUGUCAAGCCUGAUGACUGUUAUUGGAGCAUAGAGGAUCAGAGUGCAAUUUCUAUUCUUUUGACCAAGCAUGAUCAGAUGGAAUGGUGGAAAUGUCUGGUAAAAGGUGAUCCCCAAAUUGAUACUCAAAAGGUUGAACCAGAGAACAGCAAACUUUCUGACCUGGAUCCUGAGACUCGACAGACUGUUGAAAAAAUGAUGUUUGAUCAGAGGCAGAAAUCUAUGGGCCUUCCUACCAGUGAUGAGCUUCAGAAGCAGGAAAUUAUGAAGAAAUUUAUGGCGGAGCAUCCGGAGAUGGACUUCACGAGAGCAAAAAUAUCAUAAACAGUGCAUUACUCUUAUCCUGUACUUGUGGUACCUGUGAUCGCUGUGUAGUAUCUUGCCAUCU